CUAAAAAUUCGUGUCCUCAGGCUGACUUGGGCUGCAGGAGCUUUUGCUUUGUUGCACCGGCAUCCAGCACUGUCCUCCCCUGGAUGAUGGGUGGUAGAGUGAGGAUGGGGAGAAGGGUGAAGGCUGUGGGCUUGGUGCCCAGUGGAUGAGGCUGUGGGCAGCUGGGGGUCUUCUCUGCUGGCUCCUGGGGGAAAGCAGGCAUAAAGAGUGAGCUUGCUGCAACCCCACUGUUACAAGCAGGACCUGCUUGUGUCCCUUCCAUUUCUUGGUUGUGUUUCCAAGCACGCUUCCAAGCUCUGAAUGGAUGUGAUCCUUCUCCUGUGGUUGCAUGGACUUGGGAUCUGGGCCUUUGGAAAAGAAGUCAAGUCUUGGAGAGUGGGCAAUGCAGGAGAACCAUCACCCCAUGACAUGUGCCCACCCUGAUCCCAGGGCAGCCAAGGCACAGGGCUGCUGCUGGCACCAUCACUGUCCCCAUGGGUGCCCAAAGCCACUCCCUGGGCUGUGCCUUUUCUCCCGUUCACGCCAAGCAGGCGGCAGUUCCACUGGGAGCAGCCUGUUUGUCACCAGUGUGACUGUCUCACCCCCUUGGAGAUGGCCACGCUGGCUCGGAGCGUUCUGGUGACGGGGUCCAACCGGGGCAUUGGGCUGGAGCUGGUGAGACAGCUCGCCGCCAGCCCCCAGCCCCCACAGCACAUCUUUGCCACCUGCCGUGAUGCCACUGGUCCGAGAGGGAAGACCCUGCAAGAAUUAGCCGCCCGGCACCCCAACAUCAAGCUGAUCCAGCUAGACACGGUGGACUUGCCCAGCAUCCGUGGAGCCGUGCAGGCUGUGGAGACUCAUCUGGAGGGCCAGGGCUUGAACCUGCUCAUCAACAACGCUGGCGUCGGCUCGCAGGCCACGCUGCAGUCUGUGGAUGCACAGGAGAUGCUCGCCACGUUUGCAGUCAACGUGGUGGGGCCCCUGCAGGUUGCCAAGGAAUUCCUACCACUCUUGGAGAAGGCGGCGAAGGAUGCAGGGACAGAGGGGCUGAGCUGCAGCAGGGCUGCCAUCAUCAAUGUGUCUUCCAAAGUGGGCUCCAUCGGGCUGUGUCUUGGGGUGCUGGAGGCCCCCAUGUACCCAUACCGUGCCAGCAAGGCUGCCCAGAACAUGGUGACCAGGUGCCUGGCUGCAGAGCUCAGGGACAAGGGGAUCUUGUGUGCAGCGAUCCAUCCUGGAUGGGUGAAGACCGACAUGGGGACGGAGCAGGCACCUAUGACAGUGGAGCGCAGCAUGCAGGGCAUUCUGGAGGUGCUGGGCAUUCUUUCACAGGAGACCUGUGGGGCCUUCCUGGACUGGGAAGGGAACCACCUGCCCUGGUGAUGCCAGCUCAGCACAACUAUGUUACUCUUCCCCACUCAUGGACACGGGCAGAAGCUUCUCCCCAUUCCCCACCUCACGUGCAGCCAUUCGGUGCCCUGCAUCCUAAAUUUGAAUCACCCUAUGCCCCCUCCUCCCCCCACCUCAGCCCUCAUAGGGAACCCUUUCUAGACAGAUCCUAUGCCCUCACCUUGCCUGUGCUGCUCCCAGCCCCAGGCAGCCCACCUCCUCAAAGGCAGGUAUUGGCCCAAUCCUGUCCUUUCUGGAAGGGAUGUUUCCAGCAGUGACAUCUGUCACUUGAGGGGACACCUGGCAGUGGUAGGGAGCAGUGGGUGCUGAUACACACAGAUGAGGGGUGAGGCCCCCUGGGAAGGAGCCUCCCUCCAUGGUGUUCCACAGAGCCUGUUGUGCUCACAGAAAUGGAGCCAAGAGCAUUGCUGUUCUCAGACAUGGGUUUAUUGUGUAUGUAGCAGAGGUCGGG